AUGGGGAAUAGCCUGCCUCCUCCCGCAGGACUGUCCAGUGAUGCCGCUGUGAACCAAAUACAGGAGAUUAUUUCAGACAAUUGUGUGGUGAUUUUCUCUAAAACAACAUGCUUCUACUGCAAAAUGGCAAAAAAACUCUUUGAGGAUAUGAAUGUAAACUAUACAGCUGUGGAACUGGACAUGGAUACAAAUGGAAGUCAGUUCCAAGACAUUCUUGAACGGAUGACCGGUGGCAGAACAGUCCCAAGAGUGUUUGUCAAUGGGACUUUUGUUGGAGGUGCUACAGAUACUCAAAGGCUUCAUGAGGAAGGCAAACUGCUUCCAUUAUUGCAUCAGUGUCAAGCGAAAAGAAAAACCUGA